GAUUUCUGCCUCCCCCGCCCUUUUCUUUUGAUUGAUUAGUGGAUUUCAUCAAAGGAGACUCCCAGGGGAUUGACUAGAAAAUUGAUUUUUGCCUUAUUAAUAGAAAGGAAGCGCAAGGGUUUUGGCUUCUUAGCGGUACAUUUUCUGCGGGAAGGUCAGGAGGAAAAUGUGUUUAGGAGGCAAAGCAGCUGUCUGGAAGAGUGCUGAGGGGAAUCUGAGAACAAUAAGAAAUGGGGUUUUAAAGAUCCGCCCAUGAAAUGCAGAUUGCUGAACACAGAGGCUGAGCUAAUAGCAGCAACAGAGUUUGCUGAGGUUUUCUUUGGAGAAAUAAUAAAAUGUUUCAGGAUGAAGGGGAGGGCCAAGAAGUAAAAGUUUCCCAAAGCAAAAGAAUAAAGGCUAUCUAUCCCCUAGCUUGCUCUUGAUGAGAGCUGUUUUCUUUAUUCUUUUCUCUUUUUUUUCAGAUCUAAGGCUGUCAGAGAUGACUCUGGUUCUGUCCAUGAAUAGAUUCUGCGAGCCCAUUGUCUCAGAAGGAGCUGCUGAAAUUGCCGGGUACCAAACACUAUGGGAGGCCGACAGCUAUGGAGGCCCAAGCCCCCCAGGGCCAGCACAGGCUCCUUUGCAGGGAGACCGGGGAGCUGGGCCCCCGCUGACAGGAUCACAUUACAGGGGAAUUUCAAAUCCUAUAACAACAUCCAAGAUCACAUACUUUAAGAGGAAGUAUGUGGAAGAAGAGGAUUUUCACCCACCACUCAGCAGCUGUAGCCAUAAAACCAUCUCAAUUUUUGAAGAGCGAGCCCACAUCCUUUAUAUGUCUUUAGAAAAGCUAAAGUUUAUCGAUGAUCCUGAAGUGUACCUCCGAAGAUCUGUUCUUAUAAACAAUUUGAUGAAAAGGAUCCAUGGAGAAAUUAUCAUGCAGAAUAACUGGUGCUUCCCUGCCUGCUCUUUCAAUGGCACCUCUGCCCAAGAGUGGUUUAUGGCUCAAGACUGUCCUUACCGAAAACGACCACGGAUGGCCAAAGAGGAGUGUGAGAAGUUUCAUGCCUGCUGCUUUUACCAAGAAUGUGGUGGCCACUACCUAAAUUUACCACUUUCUGUCAAUGCUAAUGUCGGAAGUGCCUCCACCACUGCCUCCUCUUCCUCCUCCUCUUCUUCCUCCUCAUCUUCCUCUUCCUCUCCCCCUCCACCUUUACCGAGUUGUUCCCACCAGGUGGAUUUUGAUGUAGGCAGUGCACCUAUUUACAAGAGUGAUGGCCAGAUACCUGCCAACGAAAUCUUUGUUACUAAUGUCAGAUCACUUGGUGUUCAGGAAAAGGCCAAAUUAAAUGAGGAGAAAGCAAAUAAUGACACCAACAGAGAUGGUGGUCCCCUCGGCCAUGAACCUGUGGGAAAUGACCUUGCUUUUGAGUGCAAAGGCCAGUUCUAUGAUUAUUUUGAGACUGGAUAUAAUGAAAGAAAUAAUGUAAGUGAGUCUUGGAAAAAGUCCUUAAGGAAAAAGGAGUCUUCACCAAGUAACAAACUGUGCUGCAGCAAAGGAAGUAAAAUAUGAGCCAUCUUUUCACCGAAACUUCGAAGCAUGCACAGCAUGAUCAAUUAGCUCUCAUAAAUUUUAUUCUGAAUGGAUUUUAUAGUUUUGUACAACUGAUAACAUUAUGCCAUGAACAUGCCGUGUCGUUUUAAUGCCUGGAGAGCAGAUUGCAUAAAACAUCUGUAUAGUAGGCAUCAGCAAGCUACUUAUAAAUGUGAUGAUUUUGCCAAGAAAACAGUUGACUUAAUGCUUACAAGCAUAUCUUAGUUUUCUUACAGAAAAGAUCAAUAGAUUAGAUUGGGGGACACUGUGCCCUUUUGAUAUUUCCAUUGACCCACAAAGAGCCUGUUACUAAGAAAUUUCAACACAUUUGCCAAUUAUGUAGUUAUUUGGUAAGCAAAUCAAUAUAACCAGCAAAGGUGUCUGCUUUUUCUAUAUGAUACAGUAUUUUUUUUCUUUAAAUGAAAGACUGAAGACAGGGAGCAAGUUGAAAUGGCUUCAUGAUGCUGUUAAGUAUUUGUACUUAACAGUCUCAUUUGACAGAUGAAAAUAGGAUGUAACAUAAUGAAACACACCUGUCUAGGGGCAACAAUCAGCAGUCUGCGGAGAGGUAUUCCCUGCAAGUUCCUGGCUUGCCUGUGACCGGUGAUGAGGCUUUUAGAGAGGUGUUAUACAGGGCGAAUUUUGGUGCCUUAACUUUAUCUUAAUUUUUGCCAAUGUGAAAAUUAAGGAUAAGUCAGAGUUACAGCAGGGAUUUAACAAACAGGAAAAAAAAACAACACAGGGUGGAUCAAUAUGGUUUGGAAACUGUUAACUUUGGAUUACUGCGUUCAACAUUUGAUUCGACAUCUCUCUUCUUACUUUAUUUUUGAUGUCCAAUUGCUUUUGGAUUUGGCAUUUUUCGAUAGGGAUGGAGGAAACAAUAGAGCUGUUAGAAACCAGCACUAGCUGCUUGAGCUUUUCUAUGGCAACAGUCUGUUGCUGGGGUUUGGGUUUUCUGGGUUUUGGGUUGUUUUGUUUUGUUUUCUUGUCCAAUGAAGUUCAUGAACCAGUGGCAUGCAUUAUACUUUAAUCUGUUUUGCAUCAUUUCACUCGUUUAGAUUUUAAAAGCAUGUGGUUUUUUAUAUAUGACUUUUGCUGUUGAUUAAGAAGCACAAUGUUAAUAAAUGUGGUGAUCAAUAAGGUUUUUAUCUUAAAGAAUGUAAAGAUUUUAGUUUGGGGAAAGUUAUUUUGGAGAAAUGGGACUUAAUCUGUAAUAGUCACAAUAUAUUUGGUCAACAUUUUUUCUCAAUAAUAUCUUUAAUUUGUACAUCUGGAAAGUGUUCAGAGUGGCCCUUCUGCCAUCCGUCCUUCCACUCCAGCCAACUCCUCCUGCUAAAUUAUAUUCCAGUUUCCAAGUUUACUAACCGACUUGGGCCUCUUUAAACAAUACUCUAUAGGAACCGAAUGCCAAAUGGAGAAAAUAAGUCCUCCCAGUUUCUCCAAGAUAAAGCUUUUUUUUAAAAAAUUCUUGCUAUUAAUAUUAAAUAUAGAUCUCAUUCAUACAGUGUAUGAGUAGGAUCAUUUGGACAAUUGUCCACAAGGACCAAUUUUUAAAACAUGUUCUUGUGUUAUAGCUAAAUAGUCUAGUAAUGUUUUGUCCUUUAUUUUCAAUAUUUGAUAAACAUUUGAUGUUGAAAACUUAGAUAAUAGAUGCUUGUACAUGAAUGUGUUGUAAUAAAGUGAGGUUUUCUUGAUAUAUAUUUAUUAAAAUGAUAAAAACUCAUUAAGUUUUUUA